CAAAUACACCUCUUGCACCAGGUAUACCAAUUACACCUCUUGCACCAGGUAUAACAAUUACACCAAAUGUACCACCAACAACUAAUGAAGAAUAUUUAAGAAAAGAUGAACAAAUUCCAUCAUCAGGUUUUACUGCUUUUCUUCGAGGUAUUCGUUCUGGUUUACCAUUUUUUCCUUCAUCAAAAACACGUUCAAAACCAGUUGAUAUUGCUACAACACGUGAACAUUUUAUUCCGUUAACACGCCCAUCAUUAAUUCGUUUAAUUGCAACUGAUUCUAAUUUAACUGAUGAUAAAGAAGAUCGUGUUUUAUUUCAUGAAUUAUGUCAUGGUUUUGAUAGUGCUGUUGUUCAGCAUUAUUAUCCAAUAUUAAAUGAAUUAAAAUAUUUAUUUAAUCCAUUAAAUCCUGAUAAUGAAACAAUUGAUGGUCGUCGUAUAUCAUAUCGUGAUCGUUUAGAUAAUGAAUAUUGGUUAUUACAAAAAAUAAAUGAUUUACUUCAUCGAGCUAAUUUUACUGAAUUACCACGAAAUGUUCUUCUCGAUAAAUUUAUUCAUCAUGAAGAUUCAUUAUUAUCAUCACAUAUUAAUGUUAAAAUUGAUGGUUAUGAUUAUGAUGUUUUAAAAUUUUGGAUACUUGGUCGUGAACAAAUGUUAAUUGAAGCUAAACCUUGGUGGAAAAGAUUUUUUAAAAAAAAUAAUCAAAGUAUAUCAAGAGAUUAUUUUAAACGUGUUAUUUUAGCCGUACGUCUUAAAGGACAAGAUCGUCUAUAUCUUAAAGCAUUUCGAGAUAUACCAUUACAAAAUUUAACACAAUUAUUACCUGUUGGAAAAUUACAAAUGGGAAAUUUUGAACAACAACUUAUUCGUUUAACAUUUCUUAUUGGUGCUGGUACAUUUGUAACACAUUUAAUAACAACAAUGGCAAAUUAUCAAGUUCCAGGAUUAGUUAUUGGAGGAAGUAGUUUAACAUUAUUAUUUGGUCUUUUAUCAUUAAGAAAUUAUCAUCGAUCAAAAAUAAAUUAUUUAUCACAUAUGAGUCAAUUAUUAUUUUAUAAAAAUAUUGCAUCGAAUAAACAAUUAUUAGCUAUGAUUAUUGAUCGUGCUGAAGAUGAAUUAAGUAAAGAAGUUCUUCUUGUCUAUAUGUUCAUACUCUGGAAACAAAGACAAAAUAUGACUUUAACAAAUAAAAAUCUUGAACUAGAGAUAGAAAACUGGAUUCGUUCAAAAACAAAUACAGAUAUCACAUUUAAUAGUGAUCAAUCCGUUGAAUUUCUUCGUAAAUUAGGUAUUAUUUCACAUGAUGAUCCAUCACGACCAACUAGUUUAAAAGUAAUACCAUAUAAACAAGUUAUUGGUAUUCUUCCAAAAACAUCACGAACAUUAAGUGAAAAAAAUGAAGAGUGGGAUUUAAUUGAAGGUUAUGAUAAAAAAUAUUUUGAACUUGAUUGGAAAACAGUUCUUAAUGAAGAUAAACUUCUAAAAAAAACUGGAUGGCAUUGA